ACAGCAACAUGCAGUUUUCAACACAUCGACGUAGCUUAUACAGGCUUCUGGGAUUAUGUCUAUUGUUAUUCGAAACAGGGUUGACGAAUGCACAGAGCAAACGUGCACCACGUGUCACUAACUCACGCAGUUUUGGCACCAAUGUUAAGUCAACCAGCUCAAAUGGGGUUAGCUUUGACUGUCCCGAAGAGUUUGGGUAUUACCCUCAUCCCACGGACUGCACACAGUAUUACGUAUGCGUAUUCGGUGGUGCGUUACUCGAGAGCUGUACUGGAGGUCUUAUGUACUCGCAUGAACUGCAGACUUGUGAUUGGCCCAGAAACGUGGGUUGCGAACUGGUGGAUAGUGGCACGUCGGCCACCUCUACCGAAGUAGGUGGCGCCUCACGUAAUAAGCCACAGCAACAUGUUCCCAGCCGCAUUCGCUUUGGGGCCGCCUUCACCAGCCCUGCAGCUACACAAAAGACAAUCACAGUUCCGCCACAGUAUCAUCGUUCACCUCCACAAAUCAUACAAGCGCAGGUUCAGCACAUACCACCGCCACCAGAACUGGCCGUAUCACCAAAUCCGGUGGUCACGUCACGCGGACAGCCAAAAUCGCUUCUGGACUCGCAGGAGGAAAUAGCUAAGCUCUACGCUGAGGCACAAGAAACACUGCCACCAGUUGAAGAGGAGGAAAGCGAUCGUCAGCAACGUGUUUAUCGUGGCCAGCCGAGUACUGUUAGCCAAGUACAGCGGGACCGCGAUGGCAUCCUUCACCAGGCCAGCAUAAAUGCUAUACCCAACCAUGGAAAAAUUGGGUCCUACACGUUCGGAACAGCUUACAGAGUUGAGUCAUCUUCUCCGUCAUCGCUGACGGCGCAAACUUCCGAUAACAUAUUUCUACAACCAAGCUCACAAGCUUCGCCGUCACAGUUUGCAUCCAAUCGUAACUACUACAACACAUCCAUAUUCAAUCAUGGGGGUGGCUACCAAACACCACAGCAGGCGCAACAACAACAACAACCGUCACCAUUUCAACAACCGCAACAACAACAGCAACAGGCACCUGCCUUACCAGACCCCUAUGAUUCAUCAUACUAUUCUGUUUACGACGACGAUAUUGAUUUAUAUAGGGACAUUGAGUAUCAACAGCAGCAAGAACAGCAUCAGCAAAAGUCCCAGCCAUACCAGUCCACAGUGCGUCAACAACAGCAAUCAACUUAUAGACCGUUAGAAAUAUUGACUACGCCGACACCACCCCAAAGACCAAGCUACAGCAGCCAGCCCACUUUGAGUUAUAAUACGGACUAUGAUGAGGAUCUCAAUGCACAGAUCGAACAGGAUAAUGUGUACGAUCAACCUACGCGAACUCCGCAACGCUCAAAAACGCAUGCAAAUAAAAACCUUAAGCAAAAUGUUAUAAUCAAAUUAAAGACAACACCAUCACCACGUACCACACAAGCACCCAGUACAAAAACCCCAACGACCAGCACAAUAAAGCAACCGUCACUCCUCACAUAUGACUCCAAUCCCUUUCUCAAAUCCAAGCUACAAUUUCUUGCCAAGUCCCUGAUCAGUGCUGUGGCUGGCAGUCAAAGCCAAAAUAUCAAUGACACAAGAACUCCGGCCCAAGUCCAAUCUACAGUCACACCUGCAAUCAGCGAAUCGUGGGCGUUGGCAAAUGACAGUGCAAAUAGUAGUAGUACUCAAAAGUAUGUUGAGACAAUUUACGAUGAAAGCCAGAAUGUGCAGAAUGUCCAAGGGGGAGAGAUAUCUAGUAGUCGUACUUUUGAAACAAGCACUUCGCCCAAGUUUCUGGAUUUCAUCAAUGCCGCAGCUUAUGGAGCCAGCAACUUAGUGCGCGCGCCCACAGAAAAGUCAUUUAAGACUCUUUACACAAGGGAAAAUAUAUACAACGGCCUUGAAAAAGACAAAGCAAUAUCCACCGAGCAAAAUCAAAGCAAACGUAUACAAAGCUAUGUGCUCUCCGAUGUUAAGCCCCAAAGCUUUAGGCCAACUACAAACAAUUCGUCAAGGGCUGCGUCAUCGGACCUGUUAGAUAGCUCAAGUACAGCAAGACCCAACAAAGCAUACGAGUAUAGUCUGGAAAGCGGUUCUCAUGGAUUUACCUUAAGGGCUAAGGAAUCGCUAAGCGAGGAGAACGUGUCUGAGCCACUGUUUGAACGCCCUGAAAGUGGGCAACGUCUUAAGCCCAGCACAACAACAACAACACGUUUGCCACUUACAUUAGUCAAUCAUGUUAGCACGGAGAAUGAAGAUAUUAUACCAACAACGUAUGCCCCGCUACGUAUUUGGCGCAACGGCCGUCCAACUAUUAAGCAAACACAUAGGAAACCGACCAAAAUGCCAUUAUUAAGCGUCACUGAUCUGUCCAGCACUACUGCGAAAGCAACUACCACAACAAUAAAAGCACCUAGUACUUUUAGUUCUAGUACCGAACGAGCGAGCUCUGGACAAAGUUUUACAUCCCGUGCAAAUAUAUUCAAGGAUAACCUGAACCGUGCUACGAGCAACCCAGGAAUGAGAUUUGUUUCGCCCUAUAAGAGCCUUGAAAGUUUGCUUCAAGACGAAAGGCUGCCACACAACAGCCUCAGAACAACAACAAGAACGCGCUAUGCAAAUGCUCCUGCCUCAAUACCGUUUCUCCAAACAACGCCAAAGUCUACACACAAUAGCUUUCCUACGAACAUUAUUCAAAACAAUGCCACCCAAAUUGUCCUUGAAACUAUGACAAACGGCAAUAUGCGCAACUUUAGCAUAAGUGAUGUAAUUCUAAGCACCUUCAGUCCUCAAAGACCAAGCAUGCCGCGUGCUACUACAACAACCACUGCCAAAACCACAACCACAAAUAAAAUACCCACAGAGGCUGCGCUUACUACUACAAUUUUAGAACCAACAGUAGCUACUGUAGUGACUUCGCCCUCAAUCCAGGUGUCUGAAAUCGCAGUGCGUGCACGUGGGCGGUCGCGGUACACGGCGGCUACGGUCAGCUAUAAUUUAGAUAGUGUUGACGAGCCGACCACUUAUGCCCCCAAAUUUAAGAUACCCAAUAGCUAUGAACUGAGGAGCUCCACAUCUAAACCACUUUUAAGACGCAAAGCGCAUCGUGGUCGAGCUGCUACCAGCCUCCGGCAAACAAUAUCCGAAUCGACAGCUAAGUCCGGAGAAAAAUAUGAAACUUAUAAAGCAGCUCAAAAGGCCAAAGAGACGGUUUAUAGGUAUCAAAUAGCCCCAACCUCUGCAAAGCCGAUAACUGCUGAGGAUACAAGCUCACUGAAACGCAACCCAAAUGAAAAUGAAGCCUCAAUCUCAGAUAUCCCGCGUGCAGAAGCCCUUAUUGCACAGCAACCACUCAAAAAUAAACAUAACAAUAGCAUAGAACAGAGCAUUAGCACAGAGACAUCUGCCAGUUCUAUCCAAGAUGUUCAUAAUAUAUCCGACCGGCCACCUGUUAAGUAUCUAUAUUCGAACAAAUAUCGGCAACAAACAGCGGAGCGUACACUGGCGGAUAGUCUGCAGAAUGCCGGGUACAUAACGACGGCGAACGGACGAACCAAGUUUCGUGCUACCAACGUGCUGGAGCAGCUGCAACAUUUUCUUUCCGCUAGCGACAGUGAUGAGAGCGGGUCACCGCAAUUCGUUGAUGAAGUUUAUGGUUCAGAAAUAAAAGCUUCUGUUAAUGAGAUUAUACCGGGCGUUUCAACAAGCCGUAGUGCAACGACUACAAUGAGAUCCACUACUGUCAUGUCUGCAUCACUGCCAACCACACGCGUCCCACUUUUUGCAUUUAAGUCGACAGAAACCCCAUCCAAAUCAUAUACCCCAAGCCCUACUAUUAGCAUAUUAGAAACAGAUGCAAAAAAGGCUAACACUAGCAUCCCAGAUAUUAGUACUGAACCUGUCCCUUCAACUACGAAUGCCACUCCCUCUGUAACUAUAUCUUCUCCACCAACAACACGAGUUUCGAGGGUAAAUAACGCCUUGAAGUCGUCAAUUGCCGCUGCUGCCGCCCAAUCAUCUAGCCAGGUCUCUACCUCAUCCACCUAUCAAAUGCCAGGGGGUAGAGCUAACAAAUUCCAAUAUGGCCUUGCCUCCAACAGUAACAACAACCAACACCAAUACAACAACAACAAUGCCGCUGUCGCUGCUGUCUCGGUGAAGUGCUCCGAUAGCACGCUGAGCCCUAAGUGCAACGAAAUCCCCUCAAGAAACAACAAUAGAAACCGUGGCAGUUCAAUAUACACGAAUCAGGAUCGUGAAACUGCUGCCACUCCCAACAGAGGGACUCAUCCACCGCGGACGCGUCCAACGCUUAAGCCGGCUGGCACAAUAGUCUCAAAGGCUCAAGAGUUUGUGGACAUAUACAGAUAUCCGCCUUCCCGACCGGAUCCACUGUACCCACAGCCUACGCCGGAUAAGACGGCUGCCAAGUGCCGUAAAGAUGUUUGUUUACUACCUGAUUGCUAUUGCGGAGGCAAGGAUAUACCCGGCGAACUACCGGUUGAAAGCAUACCUCAAAUCGUACUGUUGACCUUCGAUGAUUCCGUAAAUGAUUUAAAUAAACAAUUGUAUACGGAUCUUUUUGAGAAGGGACGUGUCAACCCUAAUGGCUGCCCCAUAACAGCGACCUUCUAUGUCUCUCACGAAUGGACUGAUUAUAGUCAAGUGCAGAAUCUUUACGCCGAUGGACAUGAAAUGGCAUCGCACACAGUUUCUCACAGCUUUGGUGAGCAGUUCUCACAAAAGAAAUGGACUCGGGAAAUAGCUGGUCAACGCGAAAUACUCGCUGCCUAUGGUGGCGUCAAGCUAUCUGACGUAAGGGGUAUGCGUGCUCCUUUCCUCUCAGUUGGUGGUAACAAAAUGUACAAAAUGCUGUAUGACUCAAAUUUCACCUACGACUCGUCGAUGCCGGUCUAUGAAAAUCGACCACCCUCGUGGCCGUACACUCUUGACUAUAAGAUCUUCCACGAUUGUAUGAUACCGCCCUGUCCGACACGAAGCUAUCCGGGGGUUUGGCAAGUACCCAUGGUCAUGUGGCAGGACUUGAACGGCGGACGCUGCUCUAUGGGAGAUGCCUGCUCAAAUCCAAGUGAUUCAGAGGGUGUAACCAAAAUGAUUAUGAAGAAUUUCGAGCGUCAUUAUACCACCAAUAGGGCACCCUUUGGAUUGUUUUAUCAUGCCGCUUGGUUUACGCAACCGCAUCACAAGGAAGGGUUUAUAAAGUUCCUCGAUGCCAUAAACGCCAUGCAGGAUGUUUGGAUCAUAACAAAUUGGCAGGCUCUACAAUGGGUGCGCGAUCCAACACCUACGUCUAGGAUAAACUCGUUCCAGCCAUUCCAGUGUGAUUACUCGGACCGACCCAAACGUUGCAAUAAUCCAAAAGUCUGCAAUCUGUGGCACAAAUCUGGAGUUCGAUAUAUGAAAACAUGCCAGCCCUGCCCCGACAUCUACCCAUGGACUGGAAAAUCCGGCAUACGUUCAUCACGCAUCGACAACGAAGUUGAAGAACCUUCGGCGCAAAACUGAGGAUUCUCAAUCUAGACAUGCCAGUUAAACCACGCCUAUGCUAUUAGUAAACUACUGUUCGUCUUGAUGUGAGCUUUAUACACAGAGGAACAAUUGGAAUGCAAUAGUAGAUAUUGUCAUAAGUAAUAGCCCAAAAUACGGUAUUCACUCGUUGAUAUGUUCUUCAUAUUAUAUUUAUACUAUAGCCAAUUUGUUGAAGGGCAUGAAAAAAUGUAUUUAAUAUUUUGAUGACAUGUUACUUAAAUUUAUUUAUUCCCUUAUGAUAGACUUAUGUAUGUGUACUGUAUAUUCCUAUAGUUUGCUACUCCCAUGGAAAUUUGUAUAAGUACUUUCAAAAUGCAAUAUUAGUAUAAUACCUUGUACAUGUAAAAGUUACUAACGUAAUUGUAGAUUUCCAUUUAAAUUUAAAAAAUGAAAAGCGCGUGGUUCAGGACAUUAUGAAACUGAGGGGCAAUACUCUUUUUUGUGGUUGAUUUAAUUUGUGAUACAUAUUUUUUCAUCUAAAUAUGUGUCUCUAAAUAUGCCAAUAAUUAUCUGAAACCAGGCAGUAAAUAAUUAUAACAUUUUAAUAAGCAAAUGUGUCUAAGCAUGUUUUUUAUGUUCAACCUUGUAUAUAACAUUUUAAUUAGAAUCCGGUGAAGGGGCCUAAUACUCUUGGAUAUAUUUAUCACUCUAUAUUUCCUAACUAUGAUUUAAUUUCAAGAAAAUUCUUAUCAUACUAUAAUAAAACUAAAGAUUUUAUGUGCUUUCCAUGAUACAAUAUCAAGAGCUCAAAAAAUCAUAUGAAUAUAUAUAAUAUUAUUUCUGAAUUUAUAACAUUUCUCGCUUCAUUUUAGUUUAAAGCAUGAUUUUAUAUCAUUUUGACUAACGGUACUAUUAAAGAGCUUAAAAUAUAUGAAUUUACGUCAUGAACAGACUUUUUUUAGGCACCUAAUGAAAUUAAUACUCCAAUUAAUGACACAUUUGUAACGGGAGCUGCAGAAAAAAAAAUCAAAUCAUAACGUCAGACAUCGUAAAUCCAUGUAAAGUUUUAAGCAACAUGCGAGCCUAGCAAAUAUUUUAACAUUUAAGCUGUUAGUACUCAUACGAAAGUAUUAGAUGGAUUUGUAAUGCUGCAAACUCAAAAUGAAAAAUCAUUAAGAUAAAUUAAUAUUUAAUUUAAGUAUAUUGUAUGUAUGUGCACACAUAAAAAAUUGUAAAGCUGAACGCAGUUCAAAAAAUUUAAUAAUACCAACGAGUGAAUUAUGUAUUUUGUGCUAAUAAUUGUAAAACAUGUAAAAUAAAAAA